AUUAUCUUUUAUCACACAACUUAAAAAAAAACUAUAACUUACGCUGAAUCCCAAAAUCAAGUCGGCUAGGCCUUUUCUGUCCAAUUUCCGAAAACACGCCAAGCCAAUUAGCCAAACACGCCCUUGGAAUUGAUUGCCGUCAGCGUGGGGGAAGAAAGUGAAUGUUAAACCACAGGGGCAGCAUCUUACCCGUUUGCCUGUUGCACUAAAAGAAGGAAAAAGAAAAGAAAGGGGAGAGCGAAAAGCGAAAUGGAUUUGCUCCCGGCGGAGAACUCGCGGAUCGCGAUGAAGCACGGCUUCAGGUCACUGAAGCUGGUGAAUGUCAAUAUGGACCAAGAGUUUGAGCGGCAGCCCUUCGGUGUGGACUAUGGUAGGCUCGAUAAUGGUCUCGUUUACUAUGUUCGCCGCAAUCCCAAGCCUAGAAUGAGAGCCGCUCUUGCUCUUGUUGUCAAAGUCGGCUCAGUUUUGGAAGAAGAGGAUGAACGUGGAGUUGCUCACAUAGUUGAGCAUCUUGCUUUCAGUGCAACAAAAAAGUAUACAAAUCACGAUAUUGUCAGAUUCCUAGAAAGCAUUGGAGCCGAAUUUGGUGCUUGUCAGAAUGCAGUGACAUCUGCAGAUGAGACCAUAUAUGAGUUGUUUGUUCCCGUUGACAAGCCUGAACUUUUAUCACGAGCAAUUUCAGUCUUGGCAGAAUUCAGUUCAGAGAUCCGAGUGUCAAAAGAAGAUUUGGAAAAAGAAAGAGGAGCUGUCAUGGAAGAGUAUAGAGGUAACCGAAAUGCUAGUGGGAGGAUGCAGGAUGCACAUUGGAUUCUCAUGAUGGAAGGUUCAAAGUAUGCUGAGCGCCUACCAAUUGGGUUGGAAAAAGUAAUUCGAACUGUUUCUCAUGAGACUGUAAAACAAUUUUAUCAAAAGUGGUAUCACCUACACAAUAUGGCAGUGAUAGCUGUUGGAGAUUUUCCUGAUACAAAGAGUGUUGUUGACCUGAUAAGGACUCACUUCGAGGGGAAAAGUUCGGCACCUGGCCCUCCAUCUGUACCAGUCUUUCCUUUUCCAUCUCAUGAGGAGCCACGUUUUUCAUGUUUUGCAGAAUCUGAAGCUGCUGGGUCUGCAGUGAUGAUUAGCUAUAAAAUGCCAGUUGAUGAACUAAAGACAGUGAAACAGUAUCGAGAUAUGCUUGCAGAAUCCAUGUUUCUGCAUGCUCUAAACCAGAGGUUUUUCAAAAUGUCUCGUAGAAAAGAUCCACCCUAUUUCUCCUGCUCAGCUGCUGCAGAUGUUCUUGUUCGCCCAUUGAAAGCUUAUAUAAUGAGCUCAUCUUGUAAAGAAAAAGGAACUCUGGAGGCCCUAGAAUCUAUGCUGAUCGAGGUUGCAAGGGUACGACUUCAUGGGUUCUCAGAACGUGAAAUAUCUGUUGUUCGAGCUUUACUAAUGUCAGAAAUUGAAUCUGCCUAUUUGGAACGUGACCAAAUGCAAUCUACCAGCUUGCGAGAUGAAUAUGUACAGCACUUUAUCCGAGAUGAACCUGUUAUUGGGAUUGAGUAUGAAGCUCAACUCCAAAAAUCAAUUCUGCCUUAUAUUUCGGCCUCAGAGGUAUCCAAGUAUGCUGAAAAAUUGCAACCGUCAUGCAGCUGUGUCAUAAAGACAGUUGAGCCUCGAGCUUCAGCUACAAUUGAUGACCUCAAAAAGGUUGUGUUGAAGAUCAACAAUCUUGAGAAGGAAAGGAGCAUUUCUCCUUGGGAUGAUGAACAGAUUCCAGAAGAAAUUGUUAACAUAAAGCCAAAUCCAGGGGACAUUGUAGAGCAGUUUGAGUACCCAAAUAUUGGAGCCACUGAAAUAAUUCUAUCAAAUGGCAUGAGGGUCUGCUACAAGUGUACAGAUUUCUUUGAUGAUCAGGUUCUUUUUACAGGGUUCUCAUAUGGGGGUUUAUCUGAACUCCCAGAAAGUGAGUAUAUUUCAUGUUCAAUGGGAUCAACCAUCGCUGGAGAAAUUGGUGUAUUUGGGUACAGACCAUCUGUGCUGAUGGAUAUGCUAGCUGGAAAGCGAGUAGAUGUUGGUACAAAGCUUGGGGCAUACAUGAGAACCUUCACUGGUGAUUGUUCACCCACAGACUUGGAGACUGCCUUGCAGCUUGUCUAUCAGUUAUUCACGACCAACGUGAUACCAGGAGAGGAGGAUGUUAAAAUAGUGAUGCAAAUGGCAGAAGAAGCGGUUCGUGCUCAAGAGAGGGAUCCUUAUACUGCAUUUGCUAAUAGAGUCAAAGAGCUAAACUAUGGAAAUUCCUAUUUUUUCCGGCCAGUUAGACUAAGUGACCUUAGAAAAGUUGACCCGCUAAGAGCUUGUGAAUAUUUCAACAGCUGUUUUCAAGAUCCAUCGAGUUUCACUGUAGUGAUUGUAGGGAACAUUGACCCAAGAAUUGCACUUCCCUUAAUAUUGCAGUAUUUGGGUGGAAUACCAAAACCUUCCAAACCUAUUUUCCAUUUUAACCGUGAUGACCUCAAAGGAUUACCAUUCAAAUUUCCUACAACUGUAAUAAGAGAAGUGGUACGGAGCCCCAUGGUUGAAGCACAAUGUUCUGUCCAGCUAUGUUUUCCUGUGGAGCUGAAGAAUGGAACCAUGGUAGAAGAGAUUCACUCUGUUGGGUUCCUGAGCAAGCUUCUUGAAACAAAAAUAAUGCAGGUUCUCCGUUUCAAGCAUGGACAGAUCUACUCUGCAGGUGUUUCAGUGUUCCUUGGUGGUAAUAAACCUUCUAGAACCAGUGAUUUACGUGGUGAUAUUAGCAUAAAUUUUUCUUGUGAUCCAGAAAUUUCAUCAAAGUUGGUUGAUCUUGCUUUGGAAGAAAUCUUGCGUCUUCAAGAGGAAGGGCCUUCAGAUCAAGAUGUCUCAACCGUACUAGAAAUUGAACAAAGAGCCCAUGAAAAUGGACUACAGGAAAACUAUUACUGGCUGGAGAGGAUUUUUCGCAGCUAUCAGUCAAGGAUCUAUUCUGGUAAUGUUGGGACUUCUUUUCAGAUUCAAGAUGAAGGACGCACCAGGCUCAGGGAAUCUCUGACUCCAUUAACAGCACAGAUGGCGUUGCAGAGGAUACUGCCUUACCCUUGCAAAAAUCAGUACACUGUUGUGAUUCUUAUGCCCUGUCGGUUUAGGUUGUCAAGAUUAUUUUCAAGACGGACUUCUUACAGUAGAGAUGCAAAGGUUUUAGCUGGCAUUGCGGCUUUGACUAUUUUCGUGUUUUGUUUGUGGAGAUAUCCGCGAAAGCCUUAGGAAAUUCGUUCCUGGUAGAUCAUAGAACUUUCUGCUAAGAACACGGUGGAUUCUUCUUUCCUUUUGCCAAAGAUGAUAGCAAGACGUAGUCAUAAACUACCACUUUACCAGAGGAGGCAGUGAUUCAUUUUUAUACCAGGGGUGAUUGCAGGCUUAGAUACGUUAAAAUACAUUUUUUUUAAAAUCUGAUCUCAGCUGUAGCAUGUUGAAUCUUAUUCCGUUAUUUUAUUUUUAUUUAGUGAUGAUAUAAACUUUGGCUUUGUUCUUCGCGUUAAGUGUAACGUACCGCCACCUAAUGGUAGUGGAGAAUCAGUACCAAAUGAAACUAUUAAAUUGAAAGAUUAUUC